CGCCGCCCUGCGGGACCUGCCCAGUCCUUCCCCGGUGUGCGGGGAGCGCGCAGUCGGGACGCGCAGGGGCCGCUCGGCUGGGGCCGCGCGGGCAGGAUGGUGUGCGCUCCGGCGGCCCUUGGGCGGGGCGUGCUCCCGGCUGCGGUUUGGGGAAUACUGCUGCUAACUGCCUCGGUGGAGGCGCAGCGCGGCCGGAAGAAGGUCGUGCACGUGCUGGAGGGUGAGUCGGGCUCAGUGGUGGUGCAGACGGCACCUGGGCAAGUGGUAAGCCACCGGGGUGGCACCAUCGUCUUGCCCUGCCGCUAUCAUUACGAAGCAGCCGCUCAUGGCCACGAUGGCGUCCGCCUCAAGUGGACAAAGGUGGUGGAUCCUUUGGCCUUCGCCGACGUCUUCGUGGCCCUGGGUCCCCAGCACCGGGCAUUCGGCAGCUACCGUGGGAGGGCCGAGCUGCAGAACGAUGGGCCUGGGGAUGCCUCCCUGGUCCUCCGAAAUGUCACCCUGCAGGAUUACGGGCGCUAUGAGUGUGAGGUCACCAAUGAGCUGGAAGACGACGCUGGCAUGGUCAAGCUGGACCUGGAAGGCGUGGUCUUCCCCUACCACCCGCGUGGAGGCCGCUACAAGCUGACCUUCGCGGAGGCACAGCGCGCGUGUGCGGAGCAGGAUGGUAUCCUGGCGUCCGCCGAGCAGCUGCACGCGGCCUGGCGCGAUGGUCUGGACUGGUGCAACGCAGGCUGGCUGCGCGACGGAUCCGUGCAGUACCCGGUGAGCCAGCCUCGGGAGCCCUGCGGCGGCCUGAGCGGGUCCGGGAGUGCCGGGGCUGGUGGUGGAGCCAACGGCGGCGUGCGCAACUACGGCUAUCGGCAUAACGCUGAGGAACGCUAUGACGCCUUCUGCUUCACGUCCAACCUCCCGGGACGCGUGUUCUUCCUGAAGCCCCUGAGGCCUGUGCCUUUCGCAGGAGCGGCGCGCGCGUGUGCGGCGCGCGGUGCGUCGGUGGCCAAGGUGGGCCAGCUAUUUGCUGCGUGGAAGCUUCAGUUGCUGGACCGCUGCACCGCGGGCUGGCUGGCCGAUGGCAGCGCGCGCUACCCCAUCGUGAACCCACGUGCGCGCUGCGGAGGCCUCCGGCCAGGUGUGCGCAGCCUGGGCUUCCCAGACGCCUCCCGACGCCUCUUCGGCGUUUACUGCUACCGAGCACCAGGCGCACCAGAUCCGGCUCCCGGGGGCUGGGGAUGGGGCUGGGCCGGAGGCGGCGGCUGGGCUGGAGGCGCACGCGACCCGGCGGCCUGGACCCCGCUGCGCGUCUAGGACCCAGGAGGGUGACGGUUGUGGGUGCUUGGCGAAUGAUCGAGCGCCCUGAUGUCCCCUGGAUACUGGCGACGCCCCUGAAGUCCCUGAAGAUGGGUUUUCCCCCUUGAGGUCCCUGGAGAGUGGACACCCCUGCAGUUCCCUGCAGGCUGACCAGGCCUCUUGCGGUCCUUGAACAUUAACCACACCCCUUGAGGUCUCCUGGAGACUGGCCACAUUCCUUGUGGUCUCUUAGAAACUAACCACGCCCCUGGGGUCCCUUGAGACUGGCCAGUCCUCUGGAGACUGGCCAAACCCACUUUUUCUGGACAGUGGAUUUCCCAUUUUCCCAACUUACUUCAGGAGAAGUGCCACGCUCCCUGAGGAUACUGGGAGGCCAACAGAACCCACGGCUUCUUGGUGACUGGCUACCCCUCUUUGGCCCCCUGGAAACAAACGGACCGUCCCCUUGGUCGCCUGGAGGCUGGCCCCCCGGGAUUAUCUGAAGACUGGCCACACAUCCUCUGCAUUUCCCUGGAGACUGAAAACUGGUCCUCUGAGGUCACCUGCACACCAAAUUUCCCUCCCUGUCACCUGGAGAGAAAACAGAAACCUCAGGGUUCCCCAGGUUACCAUGCUCCGAUGGAGGAUCCAUGUACACUAUGGGCUCAGGCAUUUCCUCUCCCCCACUGUGACUCGGAGACUGGAUACUCCCAUUCUCCCCUUGCUCCCUGAGAACCCCCUAAAGUUUCUAGGGUAACAGGCCAUGUUCCUAGGUUACUGUGGAGGACAGCCCCACCCUCCAGCUCAUGGGAGAACACUCUCAUCUGUCAUCUGACUAUUGACAUACCCCAGCAGGUUCACCUGAGUGGUGGCCACAUCCCAUCCCUCAGGUUUUUCUCUGGAGGGAGACCAAACCCAUUUCACAAUCCCUGAAGGCCCUUGAUGGACUGUCACCAAAGAUCUUGUCAUUUUUUAUGGAGACCAACUGUCUAGCUUCCCACUGUCACCAGGGAGAUCAAUCAGUCCAACACAUACCUAUCACCUAAAGUCACACUUCAAUCAGUCACACCCAUGGAGAUGGUGACUCCCUCCUCCAGCUGUAACCAUGAAUACCACACGUUUCUUAUCUCACUGGCCUUCACCCCAGUCCUACAAUUCUACUUCAGGCUGUACUCACCCUGACCAACCACCAUGGAGACCACCCUCCCCCUAACUGUCCCCGGGCUGACCCAAAUUUGGUUCUCCAGCUCUCACCAUAGAAACAGGCUGCCCCUUUCCCAGGCUGCACACCGGCUCCUUAUGGUCCUCUGAGCUCCGCCCCAAGGCGACUUGAACCUCACAACUGUUGUCAUGGAGACCAAACUCUGGUGUCUGAGGUAACAGAACACCUGUCCCCUAGGCUUUCCCUCCACAACAGGGUCCUGCCCCACCAAGCUGUCGCCAUAGAGACUGUCAACAUCAUCUCUAUGGCAACUGACCUCCCAGCUCUCAGGAACUUCUCACCUUGGAGGGGAUACCCUGGGUUCCUCCCCCUGGGGCUCCUCCCACGGUUUCAUCAGGGGCCCCAUGAUUGCCCCUUCACCGGAUGGGCCCAGGCCCAGACAGGGCUGAACUUCUGGAGCUGCUGGUCACCCUCUGUUUGCACGCUCGCUAUAUGCCAGACAGCAGCUGUGCAUGAGACACCCUUGCAACACCGGGCUUUUGAUUACCAUCCUACAGAGGAGGAAACUGAGGCUGUGGAAUGCCCUGGCCCUAUGAGCUGUGCCAGCAUUGAGCUCUCCUUUUGUUCUGAGACUUCAUCCCCAUUCUCACCCAGUUUGUACUCCUUCCCUGACCCCUGCCCACAUUUCCCUCCUUAGAGAUCCAGGAGGGUGGAAUGUUUCUUAAACUUCAAAAUCCACCAGGUUCUAAGGAGUGAUUUGUGCUGAGGUCAGCCAGACUCCUCAGUGGUGAGACCCUGUUCCUGGAGACAGGCCACGGACAAAGCCACCCCAGGUGUGGGAGACUCCAGCUCUGCGGUCCUGCCUGGAAUAACCCUGGCAUCCCACAUGGGGGCUUCCUUACUGUCACUUCCAUCUCUAGGAAACCCAUCUCUGAGUUCUGGAACCAGGUGGACUUGUGGUCGAAUCCCACAUCAUCUUCUUGUUCACUGUGUGACCAAGUGACAAAACCCCUCUGAGCCUGUUUCCUUCUCUAUAGCAGGGUUGUUCUAAAAUCCCUCCAGUACAAAGCAUACAGCAGGGGUUCAAUAAAUCUGUUUCUUUUGAUGAAUG